AUGGACAGUAAUAAGGGAGGAUUAAAUUUUAAUGUGAAGUUUGAGGAAGAAAUCAAUAAGCCCAUGUUUGAUGUGAUAUUAACUUUAAAACGUAACAGCCAACCGGAUUUUGUUUUAAUCAAUACAUCAUUUAAUGCUUGUUCCUUUUUCGAAAAUAACAAUAUUAUGCAAAUGUUGAAACUAAUACGAGAUGAGGUUUAUUUGUAUUCGGAAAAUUUUCCCAAAGAAUGUCCCAUUAAGAAGAACACUGAGGUCAAUAUUAUAAACCUAUACUUUAAAGCCGAUAACUUGCCCAGUUAUGUGCCGGAAUGUAAAUUUUCCUUAACAUACAAACUUUGGCAAUUAAAGGAAAAACUUCUUGAAACCACGAUAAUGGGUUCGGUGGAAAACAAAAUAAAAAUGCGCAAAAAGCCUUUAAAAAAUACGAAUUAA